AUGUCAUCCAAGUUUCUGUCUCGUCUUCCGGGACAUCUGUCUACUCGCUCGAGCGACAUUUGCCCCAAUUGCAGGAGCCUGAUUCCCGAGAGUUCAGAGUCGGCUACACGUAUUGAUAUUCCACUCUCAAAGAUCCAAAAGCCACAUGGUGGAUGUCCUCACUGCACCCUGCUGCAUGCUGUCUAUAACCACUAUAGAAUUAGUAUCAGGUGCACCGGAAUCAUUGUCGACUGUACUUGGGAAACCGAUAUCUCAUCAUGGCCUAGUCUCGGUGGACCAGGAGAAAGUCUUGACCACCUCGGAUCUGAGCCCAGCCUCAAGUUCUUGAAAGAUCGCAUGGAUGAGUGUCUGAGUGCAUGUGACGAUAGUCAUGUUCUAUGCAAGCAGGCAGUGAACAAACCACUACCGAAAAGAGUCUUAGAUGUCCGCGAGGAAAAGGUGAGACUUUGUCAAACAGAUGGCCAGUCUGGAGACUAUUGUGCGCUGUCUUACCGAUGGGGACCACCCGAGGAGACGUUGCGGACCACGGACAGCAACAUCAAUGACAUGAUGAGCGGGAUAGAGCUUCCUUCAUUGCCUAAGCUGCUACAAGACGCCGUAGCCCUGACACGUCAGCUAAACGUGCCAUAUCUCUGGAUCGAUGCUCUUUGUAUCAUCCAAGGAAACAAACAAGAUUGGGAGGCCGAGGCACCAAAGAUGGGGGAAUAUUACAAGAACGCUAUCCUCACAAUAGCUGCAUCAUUGGCAAAUCAAGUCUCGGAGAACUUUCUCGUACCACGAGAAGAAAUCCCUCAAGAGCGGCUGUCAAGUUUUGACUUCACCAACUCUGAUGGAACUACAUCGCAGGUAGUAGUGCGGCGAGUUCCCGACUACGCUGGAAUUCCGUUGGUCGCAAACUCCCCACUCUCCACAAGAGCAUGGACAUGGCAAGAGAAUGUCCUGUCAACACGUAUCGCUCACUUUUCCAAAACUGAACUCGUAUGGGAAUGUCGAUCACAGCAGGCGUUUGAGAAUGGUGCCAAGCUUUGGUGCUCAGUUGGUCUGGCGUAUCGAUACGCAAGAGCAGGUGAUGAUGUGGAAUAUUAUUGGAAAGCCCUGGUUACAGAUUAUUCCAAGAGAGAGCUCACGUACGAAAGUGAUAGACUUCCUGCUAUCAGCAGUGUUGCUGCAUAUAUUAGCACGCUGGUUCCUGGCCGAUAUCUUGCGGGUGUUUGGGAGCAGUGGCUAUUCUCCGAUCUGGCGUGGUGGCCAUCUUGGGGGUUUGACAAUCAAGUUCCACCAGUGUCUAAGAAGCGAAGCGAGAUGCCAAGUUGGUCUUGGGCAUCGAUCACCGGACAGGUUCACUUUGCUCUCGAGACAUGCGUGAACAGCGAUAAGCUUUCUGCCAUCAAGCUCAUCGACGUUGACUGUGCCUCAACUAGCAGUAAUGCGUUUAUGCAACCCAAAGACAAUUCAUCAAUCAUUAUUGAGGCGCCAAUAUGUCAGGUGGAGAUAUCCAGUGAAGAUGUUCUUCAUGUUGGUGACUACCAAAUCAACGAGAAGACAGACACUUGGGCAAUGAAGAAUAUCUUCAAAGACAUGCGGGGAACAUUUAAUACCGUCCGACCUGAUGCGGUUCUGCUACCAGAUGGCGAGGUAACGACAAAGCAUGGGACAUUCACGAGUGUCCGGAGAUCACGAAAAGAUGAGGUGACUAGUCCUACUUCACUCAAGACAAUAGUCUUCUGUCUUCACUUGGGCGGGGGGCGAUAUCCCGAGCUGCCUAACGAAAUAAUGUCAUCUAUACCUCGCUACAGAUACAACCAGUUCUGGUUGAUUCUUUCGCCUGUGAAGGAACAGGAGGGCCAGUACAUAAGCCUGCGGCGCCUGGGACUGUAUAGCCAAGGGUCACGAACGCCAAUGCGAGCUAAGAUGAGUCGACUCGUUAUUAAAUACAGACUUUGGGCUUACAGCUCGCCGCUAUCAAUUGUUAAUUUCGAUCUUCAAGCCACACCGACUUACCCCUCCACUUACACUCUCACUCGCGGCUAUUCGGUAAUUGACGUGCCGUAG